CAAGAGCAGGAGGAGAAGGAGCAGCAGCAGCAGGAGGCAGAGCAGCAGCAGCAACAGCAGCAGCAGCAGCAGCAGGAGGAGGAAGAGGAGGAGGAGGAGGAGGAGGAGGAGGCGGCGGGGGCCGCGCCAUGGCCCAGCAGCAGAUGAGCAGCUCGCAGAAGGCGCUGAUGCUGGAGCUGAAGUCGCUGCAGGAGGAGCCGGUCGAGGGCUUCCGCAUCACCCUGGUGGACGAGUCCGACCUCUACAACUGGGAGGUGGCGAUCUUCGGGCCGCCCAACACCCUCUACGAGGGGGGGUACUUCAAGGCUCACAUUAAGUUUCCUAUUGACUAUCCAUAUUCACCACCUACCUUCAGAUUCCUGACCAAAAUGUGGCACCCCAACAUUUAUGAGAACGGAGAUGUAUGUAUUUCAAUUCUUCACCCACCUGUAGAUGACCCGCAAAGUGGAGAGCUGCCAUCUGAGAGGUGGAAUCCUACCCAAAACGUCAGGACUAUCUUACUGAGUGUAAUCUCUCUGCUUAAUGAGCCCAACACAUUCUCUCCUGCCAAUGUGGAUGCAUCAGUCAUGUUCAGGAAAUGGAGGGACAGUAAAGGAAAAGACAAGGAAUAUGCUGAAAUCAUAAGGAAACAGGUUUUGGCUACCAAAGCCGAGGCAGAGAAGGAUGGCGUGAAGGUCCCCACUACGCUGGCAGAGUACUGCAUCAAAACUAAAGUGCCUUCCAAUGACAACAGUUCGGAUUUGCUUUAUGACGACUUGUACGAUGACGACAUUGACGACGAAGACGAGGAGGAGGAGGACGCCGACUGUUACGAUGACGACGAUUCUGGCAAUGAGGAGUCGUGACCUGCUCCCUCUAUGCCCCUGUACUGCCCUGCCGACUCAGGCCAGAAGGGAGCAGCGGUAACCUAGCAGCAGUCCAGCAAAAAAAGUGUGGGGGGGGGAUCAAAAAACUUUUGUCUCCUGCUGUCUCCUGUUGUAUGGAUCUGUUUGCUCCUUUUUUAUGGACCUCUUAGAGACCCUCCACAGAAUGUCUGAAUUCUUGCAUUCUUAACCCUUUCAUCACUGUAUUAUGAUUUCUUUUUAAAAAAGAAACUCCCCUUUUCACUUCUCUACGAAACGCUCACAGCGAAACAGGUUUGCUCGCGUUUAGGUUCUUGAAUUCAAUACAGUCUUGCAUUGAGAUGUUUAAUGUAUUUAAAGCUGGAACAAACCCAUUGGAAGCUGGGUUUUUGGGAGCUCAAGUGCUGCAUUUACUGGGAAGAAAAAAAAAUCCACACAAAGCAAAUUGCCAAGGUUUAGCUGCUCCAUUUACAAUAAUAGCGUGUGUACAUUCGUUUAGCCUUGUGGUGGUGGCUUUUCCUUUUUAAGGUGUGGGGCGGAGAGUGUAAAGCUACUGUGUGUUGAGCUUGAUGGGAUGUUACUGAAAGGUACAGUAUUCCUUUUCAGCCUGCUCAAGUUAGGAAAUAGCUGGCCCCUGGAGCCCCAGCGGGCACAAUCAGCUUUGUCUCUGAAAAAGGCUUGUGAUAUGAACCCUAAAAUAAACACGUAACACUUCACGUCUGUGCAACUGAGCCCUGGGUUGCUAUUUAUUUUUUUUUUUUUCAGGCUAAGUUGGGGUUGAAGCAGUCCAGGUUAGCUGUGCUGCUGAGAGCUGCUGACAGCUGCCCCUCUCCAGAGGGAGGGCGGACGUCUGUCCUGCUGCCCCCGUGGCCAGCUGCUGCGGCCAGCGCUCAUCCCAAACUUGUCUUUGGUGUGGGGAAAGACUGAUAGCCUCCUGCCCCAGUGCUUGCGAGCAGCCUGUGCUUCCUGUGCCCCCAGUCCAGUGCUGGCCUGAGCUUUUUUUCUCGUGCUUGUGUAGGUCAGGUGUGGGUAAGCUGUCCUGGUGCCUGCAGAGGCUGCUGUGGUUGUGGCAGUGGGCAGAGGGGAAUUGGGGAUGCACGGCUCUCCCCCCUGCCUCCCUGGGAGCCCCAGGAGUGCAGCAAAAAUCCUCCAGGGUUUGCCAGGCUUCUCAGCAGCAUGCUUCAGCCAGUGCACCUGCAUGUUCUUGGGAGCUCUUGGCAGAGCUCGCAGCCCUCCCGCGCGGGCAGGGGCAUCCUGCAUGCUCUCUUCUGCAGAACUCUCUUCCUCGCCACCCUGACCCCUUUGCAAUGUGCUCUUCUUGUUUGGCUGUGGUGCAGUGGCCUGAAUUCACCUUUAGGAUGGGAUCUCGAGCAGCAGCCAGCCCUGCCUUCGCCCGCUGAGCCCUGGGGCUGCCAGGAGCUGCUGGCCCUGCGGGGUGAGGCCCUCCCCUCCCGGCGGUACAGAGGAAGUCACCCUGAUGAGAGCUGCUGGCUCGGGCGCCUAAUAGUGCCCCCACUUCGUGUAUCUCAGGGGUUUUCAUGGUACGGCACCAGCUGGAGGGGGGAGGAGGGAGGAAACGGAGGCCUGGGGGCUGUGGGAUUUGGGGAUGUGGCCCCAGAGCAGGCUGAGAGCGAGCAGGGAGGGGAGGAUGGCCACCAGCACCUGGGUGCCUCCAGGGUGGGCUCUGCUCCACGUCCCUCCCCGCUGGGGGGACAAAAUGCAGCCCCAGUGGUGGCUCCUCAUCCCUUAGUGCUCCCUGGGUGUCCUGCUUGUGUGUUACUGGGGCAGUGGCUCCUGCUCCGUGCUAGGGGAUACUUUAGUGAGGACACUGCUCGUCCUCCCCAUCCCACCGACAGCACCGUGGUGGUCCGGGGGCUGCCCCCGGCCCUGGCUGCUUGCGUCUUGCAGGGAAAGCAGCCGGCGGUGCGGGAUGGGGAGCGGUGCGGCCAGGGCCCUGCUGAUGACCUGGUUUGAAAUGAGGAUACUGCAUCUUUCAGGAUCUCCCGUGUACUUUUGACCGUUUUCACUGUAUACUCUCCAGUGACUUGUAUUUUCAAGCUUGGUGUUGUAAGAUGCGUUAUCAUGACUCUUCUGUUACCCUUUUCUAAAGACAAAAAAGAAAAAAAAAAAAAAAAAAAAAAAA